AUUACAUCACGAUCGCAACUUCUAUGAAGAGUUUGCCGUAAAUGUUUCCUUAUAUUCAAAGCGGUUGGAAACUCAAAACUCUUAAUCAAAGCGCUUAAAUACAAACAUUAAUCUUUUAUUGAGCCCUUCGCUAGAUAUCCAAUGCGGAAACACGAGGGAAAUAGCCUAAAAAGAUGACGUUGAAGAAAAUCGAAUGCAGCCUUCAGAUUGGCUGAAGCUGAAGCUGCAAAAUCUCAUUGGCUAUUGUCUUGAGUGCUUGUCAAUUGUAAAAGAACAGUUGUCCUUUGCAAGCGAAAGAGAUUACAAGCGAUUAUAAGGACCUCAGGGAAGCCAGCGAAAUUUCAAUUGUUCUGAUGUUCUAAGCCAGGUGAAAGACAAAGUAAACAUCGCAGUUGGAGAGCUUAUUCGCUUAAAAUCUGUGGUUUUAAAAGUCCACCCUCAUACAGAAACACCUUGGUAUGCGGUGAGACCAUAGAAUAUUAAGGCGAUCUGGCCGUUCGUUUAAGAAGAUUGCUUCAAGGUUUAAGAAAACUAACACUGCGUAAGUAAACUUGGAUUGGCAGUAACUGGCAGUAUUGGAUACAAUGUCUGCAGCUAAUCAAAACACAUCGAACAUAGACAGAGCAAACAGCGGUUUAAAUGCUUCAUCAAAUGAUUCCGAUCCUAUUCUUGAAGAGUUGUUUCCCGUCAUUGGUUUUUUGAUGUGUACUGUUGGUUCAAUUGGCAAUUUCGCUAUUCUCUUCGCCUUCUUAACGCAGCGUAAACUGAGGACAAAACUCAACUGCUUUCUAGCAAGUUUAGCAUUUUCGGAUCUCUUGCUCAUGGGUAUAACUGUGCCUUUGGAAUUGGAGUACCAUAUUCAAAAGAAGUUUAUUCACGGCGUAGUUAUUUGCGAGCUUAUGUACACCAUUCAUUUUCUCGCAUUGUCCUCUUCAUCGCUCAAUCUAUUAGCGGUCAGUGUAUACCGCUAUAUCACUAUUGCAUUCCCGUUUUCAGCAAGAUUAGUUCGGCCAAUUCAUAUUGUAGCCACGAUAGCUGUUCUUUGGCUGUACGCUGUGAUGACGGCGCUUCUACCGCUGAUGGGCUGGCGGCUGAGACCAUCCUUGAUUAAAUACAACCUCUGCGUGUUUUCCAUUGAACCAGAAUACGUAAUGUUCAUCCUCACAGUCAACUGGGUGAUACCGGCGUUGAUUGUUGUUAUCCUUUACGUCAUGAUCUUCCGCAUCGCCAGAAUUCAUGCUAUCAAAAUAGCAAGACAGCAAGUCCUCAGAGAGUAUGAAAGAAUUCGCAGUCCUCUUUUCAAAUGCGCUAAAACAUUGGGGAAAAUAGCGAUCGUGUGCUUGAUAUGCUGGCUUCCAUAUGUUACGGAGACGAUCCUUUUGUUAUCACAUGGCUCCAGCUUGGUUCCAAGAGCGGUACACCUGAUUUUCAUUCUAUGCUAUUACGCAAACUCAGCAAUCAAUCCUUUUCUCUACGCUGGGCUUUGUACAGAUUUCCGUGAGGUGUUUACCAAAUGCGCAAGCAAGGUGUACAAUAAACUCUCUCUACUUUGCCGACGGGUCUCGGCAUUUUUUCACUCAGUGGUGUCAUCUCUCUGUUCCGAUUCCAGUCGCACCGGAGCACAUGCAACAGAGCGUUCUCGACUCCGACGUUCUCGGAAACGUGCUCGCACACGAUCUGGAAGUUCAUCUCAGCAACCGUCUGUUGCGACUUUCGUUUAAAAAGGCGGACACCACUACGCCUCUACCUUUAUACCAACAGAUGAUUCAAUUCGUGAAAAAAGAAAAAAAGAUUAGGCCUAUAGCAAACAUGGUUUCGUGAAAAAUUUCUUAUAAUAAUUUCGAAGGAACAGACUGCUCUUUUUUCAGUUUUGUUGUGUAAGUUGAAUCUUGUUUGUUAAAAAAAAAAUAUAUAUAUAUAUAUCAACGCGCACAUGAUCGGCUUUUACGGAAAAAAAAACGAGAAAUGGGAGAUAUGACCGUUUUGGAUACCUAGUUGUGUUGCAAAACCGUUCAAUAUCAGAAAUCACCUUAAAAGCCCAAAAGAUUAAGUUCCAAAAGAACUGACUUUAAAAUCACAACCAAGCAUUCUAUAUUAUGUGGAUCAUUUUAAUAGUAAUUGUAUUUAUGAGUUAUUUUAUGUUUGUAGUCGAUAUCAACCGUUUAGGAUAUUCUCUGGGGCUGGUCCGCAGCCAGUUUGGUGUUACUGUCUUCUAACUCAUAUUUAAUCAGGUGUCUGAGUAUUAGCUUCGAAUAUAAUAUUUAGUUAUAGGUACUCGGUCACAAACAGCAAUAACCUUGACUGAUGAAGUUAGGCCCCAGAAAUUAAACGAUAUAGUGUGAGGAGUUCUUGAUUCACAGAAGAAGCAGGAAACUAUUAGCGGCUUGGAAUGAAUUCGUGAAUGCGUUGGUUACGGCAGUUUGAUAGACGCGUGUCGUCUGAUCGGCUCUCAAAGCGUUAGAGCAUUUUUAUCUUAUUGCGCAGUUUUAACAAUUUUGAAAACAGAUUUAUCAUCAUACUUUUAUUUUACGUCAAAAUAAAUGAAAGCGUCGAUUUCCACCCACAUUUUGAGCCGUGAAAGGCACGCAAAGCGGUGGCCAUUUUGAUCGAAACAUGCCGAGUUUAUGCAAAUGUAGAGAAGGUAAUCUUGACUCAGCUGAUAUAGGAUGAACCUGUGUAAUUUGCAAAGAUUCCAGCAAGAUAUUCCUCACGGUAAGACAUUAGCCUAGGGAGUGAUAGAUAAAAGGUAGAGGAAAGUAUGACCUACACGUUUCCUUCCCCGAUGAUGUAAUCAGAUCUUACUUAGAACAGACAAAAUAAAUAGCACGUAACAGUCUAUUUUUUAAAUAUAUACCAAAGUUCUUCUUAUCUCAUGUACACACGGUAUACUUUUGCAGCGAAAGCUCGCUUUCAAAACGUUACAAACAAUGAUACGAUCGGCGUAUAUUUUUUUUACUUGCAAUUGCUUAUGAAAAACAACGACAGGAAAAUACGUGAACUAAUCGGAGGUAAUACAUCAUUGUGAAAUUAAGCACGUCUGACAACACAUCGCUUUGAAAGCUCAGGUGCGCUUUGGAGAGAUCUCUGCUUUUGACUUCAGUGUCACUUUGUCCCUAAUGUAAAUCAAUUUUUUUUCCACUUUGCUCAAGGUGAAAUGGAAAAGAAUGAAACAAACUAUCGUCAAUAGGACUAUCUCAGAUGGAGAAGUAUUAAAAACUUAUGUAUUUCCGAGAAAAAAAAGCGUAAAAGUAUUAACACAACUGGCACCCUUAACGAUAUUCGAAGCGAAUGUAGCACGUAUGAAUAAUGGAAUAAAUGGCUCUGAUAAAUAGGCAACCUG